UUGACGUAACACUGACUAUUGAAAUGUGUUUCAACUUAUUUAUGAUUACCUUAAAAAUCACUCACUGCUCAUUUUAUAUGUAUGUCAUACAAAUUCAGUGUCAGAGAUUCCAGCUGAAAGUUAAAGUAGAGUGUAGGUCUGAAAUGUGACACCAGGGAGGAGAGCUGACGUAUUUCUCAGGUGAAGCUGAAAGUGUUUCUCCAGUGUUCAGCACCACUUGAUGUUUUGAGAGGAACGAUAUUGUUUUUGGAAGCCGUGAAGACGUUAUGAUAUGAGACAUAAUCCACACGAAAGGGCGGCACAUUCGGUUAAAGCACCUUUUUCUAGGAUCUUGUUUGUGGAGGUUUUGUUAAACCAGAAAAGCAGGAUGAGCCUCUCUGAGGAAUGUGACCAGGACAGUUCCACCUCCGAGAAACACUCAGAUCUAAUCCACAUGAAGAGAUCAGAUUCUCCAGCACCCAGCUGUGUGUCCAUGAAGAGUGAUGAGUCUAUGGAUCAUCCCCUAAUGUUCAAAGCUGGAGACCCCUCAUCUGGACACAGCCUAAUCCAGGUUAAGAGAUCAGACUCUGCAGUAACCAGCAGUGUGUCUAUGAAGAGUGAUGCUUCUAUGGGUCGUCCACCAAUUUUCAGAGACGGACACCUUUCAUCUCGACACCGUUUCCUGCAGGGGGCGAGAGACAGAACAGAAGAGGAGAUCAACACAGAUAAAGUACAUGCUUCUGAUGCAGUGAAAGUCCAAGAAAACCUCAAAUUAAAUCUGAAACAGAGGUUUCACUGUUUGAAUGAGGUGAUAACAAACCAGGAAACCUCAACACUUCUCAGUGAGAUCUACACAGAGCUCUACAUCACAGAGGGAGAAAGUGGAGAGGUCAAUAAUGAACAUGAGGUCAGACAGAUUGAAGCAGCAUCUGAGAGAACAGCAACAGAGGACACACCAAUCAAUUGCAAUGACAUUUUUAAACCCUUAUCAAAACAAGACAAACCCAUCAGAACUGUGCUGACAAAGGGGGUCGCUGGAAUUGGAAAAACGGUCUCUGUGCAGAAGUUCAUUCUGGACUGGACUGAAGGGAAAGCAAAUCAGGAUGUCCACUUCAUAUUUCCACUUCCUUUCAGAGAACUGAACUUGGUGAAGGACCAAAAACUCAGUUUGGUGGAUCUUCUUCAUACACGGUUUAAGGAGAUUAAAGAAAUGGAAAUAUCCAGAUCUCACAAAGUUCUGUUCAUAUUUGAUGGUUUGGAUGAGUGUCGUUUCACUCUAGAUUUUCAGAGCACUGUGAGAUUGGAUGAUGUCACUCAGUUAUCUUCGGUGGAGGUGCUGCUAACCAAUCUGAUCAAGGGGAAUCUGCUUCCCUCUGCUCUCAUCUGGAUCACCUCCCGACCUGCAGCAGCUGAUCAGAUCCCCUCUGAGUGUGUGGAUCGAGUGACAGAAGUCCGAGGGUUCAGUGACCCACAAAAGGAGGAGUACUUCAGGAAGAGAAUCAGUGACCAGAGCCUGACCAAUAGAAUCAUCAAACACCUGAAGACAUCAAGAAGCCUCUACAUCAUGUGCCACAUACCUGUGUUCUGCUGGAUUUCAGCCACUGUUCUAGAGAGAAUGCUGGGUGAAGCAGAGAGUGGAGAAACCCCCAAAACGCUGACUCAAAUGUACACACACUUCCUCAUUCAAACAAAGAUCAUAAGAGAAAAGUACACAAAGAACCAGGAGACAGAUGAAGACAUACUUCUCAAACUGGGAUGGCUGGCUUUUCAGCAGCUGAUGAAAGGAAACCUGAUCUUCUAUGAGGAAGAUCUGAGAGAAUGUGGCAUCGAUGUUGAAGAAGCAUCCGUCUACUCAGGUGUGUGUACACAGAUCUUCAGAGAGGAAUCUCUGCUGCACCAGAAUAAAGUGUACUGCUUUAUUCAUCAGAGCAUUCAGGAACAUCUCGCAGCUCUCUAUGUGCACCUGACCUUCAUGAACCAGAAGAGAAAUGUGCUUAAACAGCGUCAGUCCUCUAAACCGAGGGUCUUCAGGAGAAAAGAAAUUCCAAUCUCUGAUGUACACAAGAGUGCUGUGGAUCAGGCCUUACAGAGUAAGAAUGGACAUCUGGAUCUUUUCCUUUGCUUUCUUCUGGGUCUCUCUCUGGAGUCCAAUCAGAAUCUCAUACAAGACUUAGAGACACAGACAGAAAGUAGCUUCCACAGCAAAGAGGACACAGUUCAGUACAUCAAGAAGAAGAUCAGAGAGAAUCGCUCUGCAGAGAAAUCCAUCAAUCUGUUCCACUGUCUGAAUGAACUGGAUGAUCGUUCUCUAGUUGAGGAAGUUCAGCAGUACCUGCAGUCUGACAGUGUUAACCAGAGAAAACUGUCUCCUUCACAGUGGUCAGCUGUGAUCUUUGUACUGCUGACAUCAGGAGGGAACCUGGAUAAAUUUGACCUAGAGAAAUAUAACAGAUCAGAUGAUGUUCUUCUGAAGCUGCUGCCUGUAGUUCAUGAAUCCGGAACAGCUAAUCUUUCAAGUUGCAAUCUGACAAAGAAAAGCUGUGCAGCUUUGGCCUCAGUGCUCAGCUCAGAAUCCUCCAGUUUGCGAGACCUCAAUCUGUCUGAUAAUAAACUAGGAGAUUCAGGAAUGAAGCUGCUCUCUGGUGGGCUGGAGAAUCCUCUCUGUAAACUGGAGACACUGUGGUUGUUGGGUUGUAAUAUCACAGAUGCAGGCUGUGUUUUUCUGUCUUCUGCUCUGAAAUCAAACCCCUCACACCUGAGAGAGCUGAGUCUGUCUUAUAAUAAACUAGGAGAUUCAGGAGUGAAGCUGCUCUCUGCUGUACUGGAGAAUCCUCUCUGUAAACUGGAGAAACUGAAGUUGUGGUGUUGUAAUAUCACAGAUGCAGGCUGUGUUUUUCUGUCUUCCGCCCUGAAAUCAAACCUCUCACACCUGAGAGAGCUGAGUCUGUCUUAUAAUAAUCUAGGAGAUUCAGGAGUGAAGCUGCUCUCUGCUGUACUGGAGAAUCCUCUCUGUAAACUGGAGACACUGAGGUUAUGGGGUUGUAACAUUAGAAACGAAGGCUGUGGUGCUCUGACUUCAGCUCUGAAAUCAAACCCCUCAUAUCUGAGAGAGCUGGAACUAUCUCUGAAUGAACUAGGAGACUCAGGAGUGAAGCUGCUCUCUGCUGGACUGGAGAAUCCUCUCUGUAAACUGGAGACACUAAUGUUGUGGGAUUGUAAUAUCACAGGUGAAGGCUGUGUUUUUCUGGCUUCAGCUCUGAAAUCAAACCCCUCUCACCUGAGAGAGUUGAGUCUGUCUGGUAAUAAACUAGGAGAUUCAGGAGUGAAGUUGCUCUCUGCUCUACUGGAGAAUCCUCUCUGUAAACUGGAGACACUGAAGUUGAUGGGUUGCUUUAUUACAGAUAAAGGUUGUGCUGGUCUUGCUUCAGCUCUGAAAUCAAACCCCUCACACCUGAGAGAGCUGGAUCUGUCUGGGAAUUCCCAGAUGAACACAGGACGUCAGCUGCUGUUUGACCUUCAGUGUGAUGAAAAUUACAGACUACAAAGUCUAAAAGUGUGAUUAUGAUGUGUAAUAUUGAUCACCAAAGAGACGACAUCAUGAAGAGAUGAAGAGAUUUCUGAAUGUUUGUGAGGAGCUCCAGCAGCAGAGGGAGACACAGUGUGUGUAAAUGGGGCAGUCAUUUGUUUGGGGGCAGUCGUGGGC